AUGGAAGACGAUCAAGAAGUGAUUAAGCACGUUUGUAGAAUCUGCUGCAAGAGUUUUCCAUGUGGUAGAUCAUUAGGGGGUCACAUGAGGUCACAUGAUCAUGUGAAAACCAAUGAUCAUCAUCAUGAUAUUGAUGAUGAUGAUGAUGAUGAUGAAGAUGAUGAUGAUGAUGAUGGUGAUGAUGAGAGUUUUGUUGUUGUUUCUGCUUCAACUACAGUGAAGAAAGAAGAAGGUUGUUCUGAAGGGUAUUACGGUCUUAGAGAGAAUCCAAAGAAAACUUGGAGAGUACUCAAUGAUUCAACUAGUGAUGAUCAAGAAGAGAUUUUUGAUGUUGUUUUGGACAAAUUGUGCAAAGAAUGUGGUAGAGGGUUUCAGUCUCGGAAAGCUUUAUUCGGUCACAUGAAGUGUCAUUCGAAUAGUAAGAACAAUGGUUUUGAAUUGGAUGAACAAGAGUCUCAUACUGAUGCUGCUGCUGUUCUUCCGAGUAGAAAAAGAAGAUCGAAAAGACGAUUGAAAACAAGGUAUGUAAAUGGUAACAGCUGUUCUUCUUCUGUUGUGAAUUUUGCUGCGAAUUCAGUUUCUGAGAAAGAGGAGCAUGAACAAGAAGAGGUUGCUAUGAGUUUGAUGAUGCUUAGUAGAGAUGUAAGAUCUUGGUGUGGUCUCAAUUCUAUUGCUGAAUCUUCUGAUAAUGAUGAUAAUAAAUUGAAAAGCUUAGAAAUUUUUGAUGAUGAGAGUAAAGGAAAUGAUGGAUUGAAGAUGAAGAAAACUAGAGAUUCUGUUAUUGAGAAUGGAAAGGAUAAGAAGAAGAAUAAGAAUAAGGUGAAGAUUGAGGUUGAUUCUGAUUCGGCGUUUGAGGUCAAUGUAAGAUCAAAGCCAGGUACUAAGGUUUCAUCGGAAGCUGAAAUCGGCGCGAAAAAGUCUUGUAAGAGAGGAAAAUUCGAGUGUGUUACUUGCAACAGAAGUUUUCGUUCAUAUCAAGCUCUUGGAGGUCAUAGAGCUGGUCACAAGAGGAGCAAAGGAUGUUUUGCUUCAAAGAUUGAUCUAAACAGUGAAAAUGAAAACAAUGCUGAAUUGGAAAUGGAAAUGGAAAUGGAAGUAGAUAUAAAGAUCAAUGUUCCUGUUGAGGACAUCGUCGAAGAAGUUCCGGAGAUAAGGAACUUCCUUGAUCUUAAUCUUCCUGCUGAUGCAAGUAUUGCUUAUGAAAGAAAUGGUCCUUCUGAGAUUUACACACCAUGGUGGUUAGAUGGAAGUAACUUCAAGCAAGAGUCAAUGGUAGGCCUACUAUCAAACUAG